GAGAAAAAAAAAGGGAUGUUGCGGCCAACCCCGUCUCAGAUCGUGCAAAGUCAAGCGCUGUGUUAUUUCCUGUUUAUGCAGGGAGACAUACAGGGCCGCCGGGGCUGGAGCGGCGAGUGGAAGGGGCGCACAGUCGGCCUGGAGGGGUCAGCGGAUUGCCGGAGCUGCGGCGCGGGUGGGAGGGGGCAAGAGAAGGGAGAGAGGGAGAGAGACGGGGGGGGGGACCCGCUCACUCGGUCCUCCGCCGUGUGUGUAUUUUUUUUUUUUCCUCGGCUCGCUCGGCAGUCGGGGCCUGGUGUGCGUAUGUCAUUUCCUGUUUGUGCUGCGCCGAGUUCCUUUGUGGAUCUCCAGUAGCCGAACGGGGCCUGGUCCUCUUCGAGCGGCGGGGCUGCGAGCGGAGCGGAAUCGGAGAGAAAAAGAACAGAAUCCGAACCGAAUCCGGGCGGAGUGAGGGUGUCACGGAGAGGAGAAGACGAAGAGCGGAGGGAAAAAAAGGAGAGAGAGAGUGAGGCGGCGCGGUGGUAGAGGGGGGGGGGAGAGGUUAAUAAAAGAUAAUAUAAGCGGACCUAACGAGAAGGAGAGGAAAGACGCCAGCGUUUCGGCUGGAGGAGACGGUUACAAAAAAGUCACCUCCCCACCCCUCCCUCCUUCUCUCUCUCUCUCUCCCCCCUCCUCACCAAACACCCCCCAAAAAAUAACCCCAAACUGCACCCCUCGCAGCGGGCAAGUCGGCUCCCGGGUGUCCACCCGUCGGAGGAGCGCUUGGGGGCGCAUGAAGCCGGCGGACCGGGCUGCUCUCCGUCUCCGGAAGGUGCCCUGAGGAAGUGCCAGACGGCGUGUCCAUCUCUCUCGGGCGGCAGGACGGAGUGGGCGAACGGCGACUGAUCGUCUCCCAGCAGUUGCCCCCCCUCCCUCCCUCUGCUGAGCAGCGUGUGGCACCUCGCACCCCUCCCCCUCCCCCCCGCCCCGAGCCCCAGCCCCCAGCAUGAAUGAAGUGACGGUCGUUCGGGAAGGCUGGCUCCAGAAGAGAGGAGAGUACAUUAAGACCUGGAGGCCGCGGUACUUCAUCCUGAAAAGCGAUGGCUCGUUCAUCGGCUACAAGGAGAAGCCGGAGACCUCGGAUCACAUCCUGCCGCCUCUGAACAACUUCUCCGUGGCAGAAUGCCAGCUGAUGAAGACAGAGAGGCCCCGCCCCAACACCUUCGUCAUCCGGUGUCUGCAGUGGACCACCGUGAUCGAGCGCACGUUCCAUGUGGACAGCCCCGAGGAGAGGGAGGAAUGGAUCCGUGCGAUCCAGGCUGUGGCCAACGGCCUGAAGAACCGUGAGCCCGAGGAGGAGCCCAUGGACAUCAAGUUCGGCUCGCCCAGCGACAACUCCGGCGCCGAGGAGAUGGAAGUGGCCAUGAGCAAGUCGCGCUCCAAAGUGACUAUGAGUGACUUCGACUACCUGAAGCUGCUGGGCAAGGGCACCUUCGGGAAGGUCAUCCUGGUCCGAGAGAAGGCCACGGGAAUGUACUACGCCAUGAAGAUCCUGCGCAAGGAGGUCAUCAUCGCCAAAGAUGAAGUAGCGCACACGGUGACUGAGAGCAGAGUGCUGCAGAACACGAAGCACCCUUUUCUGACGACACUAAAGUACGCCUUCCAGACCCACGACAGGCUGUGCUUUGUCAUGGAAUAUGCCAAUGGAGGGGAGCUCUUCUUCCACCUCUCGCGAGACAGAGUCUUCACGGAAGACCGUGCGCGUUUCUACGGAGCGGAGAUCGUGUCGGCGCUGGAGUACCUGCACUCCAGGAAUGUGGUCUACAGGGACCUCAAGCUGGAGAACCUCAUGUUGGACAAAGACGGCCACAUCAAGAUCACGGACUUCGGCCUCUGCAAAGAGGGCAUCACGGACGGGGCCACCAUGAAGACCUUCUGCGGCACCCCAGAGUACCUGGCGCCCGAGGUGCUGGAAGAUAACGAUUACGGGCGCGCGGUGGACUGGUGGGGCCUGGGAGUCGUCAUGUAUGAAAUGAUGUGCGGGCGGCUGCCCUUCUACAAUCAGGACCACGAGCGGCUCUUCGAGCUCAUCCUCAUGGAGGAGAUCCGCUUCCCGCGCAACCUCUCCCCCGAGGCCAAGGCGCUGCUCGCCGGCCUGCUGAAGAAAGACCCCAAGCAGAGGUUGGGAGGAGGGCCUGAGGAUGCCAAAGAAGUGAUGAGCCACAAAUUCUUCACCCCUAUUAACUGGCAGGACGUCCUGCAGAAGAAGCUCAUCCCCCCGUUCAAGCCCCAGGUGACGUCGGAGACGGACACCCGAUACUUCGACGACGAGUUCACCGCUCAGACCAUCACGGUCACGCCUCCGGACAAAUAUGACAGCCUGGAUGCGGAGGACCCCGAUCAGCGCACUCACUUCCCACAGUUCUCCUACUCCGCCAGUAUAAGGGAGUGAGCGGGCGGCAUGGACAGCCAGCACGGACAGGAGCCAUCCAGAGACUGAUGGAAACACUCAGAGCAGAGCAGCCCUGUAGCCCUGCCUCACCGGGUACCACACUAACGCAGAACAGCCGCCACAGCAACACACACUCACACACACACCCCUGGACUGUCACGCAGCGACAUGCACGCCCACAAGCUACACACCUCCCACAGACUGCAGGAAGAAAUAACCCUUAGCUGAAAAGUUUUUUUUCUUCUUCUUAAGAAAAAAACCCGAAAAAGAUAAAAUCUAUAUAUUUUUAAACAUUUUUCCGAUUGUUACAGUUUUAAAAGCCAUAUGCAGCGAUUUACAAGUGCUCUUUUGGAACUGGCUGUUACCAAUAGUAUUGAACUGUUCCUCCUGGGUCGCUUGGAAAGGAGUGGAGGCGGUUGGCCAAUUGGUGCCCUCUGAUCCCACAUGUGUGUGCGUAUGUGUGUGUUUGUAUAUUUAUAUAUUGCUGUAGAUGUGUGUGUAUAUAUCUAUACAGAUGCACGGUUUUGCCUUUAAAGGAAGAGGGAAUUGUGAUUUUGCGGGCAGGAUUGUCCAGUGCUUCAUUUCCAGAUGUUGCAGACUGGAAGCCGCAACACUUGUCUGUCUCAUGUCCCCCCCCCCCCUCCCAGCGCCGCAGGGCCACUCGUAUGCAGUAGUGUAGCCCAGUCGCCCGCUGUGGGUGGGGGGGCGGAGGCAAAGUACGGGGUGUGGGGGGGCUUCAAGAGGUCCCUGCUUGAGUUACACUCACAGUCCCUUAUCUGCUACUGUGAAUCCAAGAAUACCCAACCAGCCGUUCCUUGAUGGAACCUGGAACACA